AUGGAAAACUGUCCAUUAGAUAAAGCGAAAUUGGGAUAUUAUACCUGGAGUUUGCUUCACACAAUUGUGGCAUAUUAUCCAGAUGAACCUUCUCCCCAACAACGGAAAGAUAUAGAUAAUUUUUUUACACUAAUCGGCCGUCUUUAUCCUUGUGAAACAUGUGCACGGGAUUUCGCCAAACUUUUAACCAGUCAACCACCAGUAACCGACUCUCAAAAAUCAUUAUCCGAUUGGCUAUGUCGAAUACAUAAUCAUAUUAAUCAAAAACUUGGUAAGCCAAUAUUUGAUUGUAACAGAGUAAACGAAAGAUGGAGGGAUGGGUGGAAGGAUGGAAGCUGUGAUUAA